UCAACGGAGGCUGUGAACACAAUAUUAUGCUUGUUCGAUAAAUGGACGGUGGGACUCCUGAGUUGGCUCACAAAAGUGGAGCCUGCACAGUGAAAAGUGGGCAGUGGGCAGAUUUUGUCUCUCAUCGGCGGCCAUGGCAGAGGUAGCUAAAGGAUUAGAGAAACUCAUAAGCAAUGGUAUCAACUCCAAAUAUUUGACAGAAAAGUACAUCCUUCCACUUGAAGAACGACCCAAGUUCUCUUCCGAUGAAUCCCCUUCUGAAUCCAUUCCUAUAAUCGAUCUCAGUUGCGUUUCUGAUGGUUUAGGUCGAUCAAAUAUUAUCCGGCAGAUCUCUAAAGCCUCUGAGGACUAUGGAUUUUUUCAGAUCAUUAACCAUGGGGUUCCAGAAGAUGUGAUUCAAAGCAUGCUGGAUGUUGCCAAAGAGUUCUUUGAGAUGCCCAUUGAAAACAGAGCAAAGCUUUACUCCGAGGACCCCAAAACAGAAGUUAGAGUUUCCACAAGUUUUAACUUUAACAAAAGCAAGGUUCAGUUAUGGAGAGAUUUUGUGAGGCAUCCAUGCCAUCCAUUAGAGGAUUACAUCGACUCAUGGCCUGAAAAGCCAGAAAAUUACAGGGAGGUAGCUAGUAAGUAUGCUCUUGAGAUAAGGGCAUUGAUACUAAAGCUCUUGGCUCUAUUAUCUGAAGGACUUGGACUUGAUUCUGGUUAUUUGAAUGAGAAAUUUGGCAAGCAUUACCAAACACUGUUGACAAAUUACUAUCCUUCAUGUCCAGAUCCCAACCUAACACUUGGGUUGCCUGGCCAUUCUGAUCCGAAUGGCAUUACAGUUCUUUUGCAAGAUGAAGUAGGAGGAUUGCAAGUGCUCAAAGAUGGAAAAUGGAUCAUCGUGAAACCGGAGAAAAAUGCUUUGGUGGUUAAUCUAGCCGAUCAAUUGCAGGUUAUCAGCAAUGGGAGGUUCAAAAGCGUGGAACACCGUGCGAUUACGAAUUCUAGAACCUCUCGAAUUUCAAUACCAACAUUUUAUGGUCCCUCUCUGGAUGCAUUAAUUGGGCCAGCCAAUGAAUUAGUGAGCAAAGAAAGCCCUGCAAUUUACAGGAGUUACACAUUUGAGGAGUUCUUUGACAGGUUUUUUAGCCAGGAACUCAAGGGGAAAACAGUCCUUGACCACUUCAAGUAUUUUGCAGAGUGAAUAUUUCAAGGGCCUUAUAAGGCAUAGUAUCCUGAACCACAUUGAGUUUGGUGCUAUUGGUAACAUGGUUGUCAAUAUUCUACAGCAUAUUUGGUUCCAUAUGGUGAGUGCAUUUAGCGAAAAUCAGGGUUUCAAGUCCCGUACUUGACAAUUGUUUUCAAUGGUAGUGUGCCUUUGCCUAAUUAUAUAGUGUUCGAAGGUAGAAUAGAGAUUGCAGCAACAA